AUGUUUACAUCGACACCUGUCACGCACCUGUGCAGCCCAGCACCGAUACGGACCCACGGUCCAAGGAAAGAGGCACUGAGCUCAGAACGGGGAAAACACUGGUGUAAAAGUUGGGUCCAGGGGGCGAGGGUGCGCCCGCUGAGUCAGUCCGGGGCGGGACGGCGAAGCCCGCCACCCCACGGGCCGGUCUCGGCUUUCAGCCGUGGCGUCGCCGGGCGUCGCGCCGACCCCGAGCCGGCCGCCUCGCCGCCUGCGCCUCAGCCCGAUCGAGUUUCUCGGCGCACGAUCUGGGCCAGCCUGCUGUCCGCGCUGGGGCUGCGCUCGCGGCCACGGCCCGACCGCUCCCGCGUCGUCGUGCCGCCCGCCAUGCUCGAGCUCUGGCGGACGCGCUUCGAGGCUCAGCAGCAGCACGCCAAGCAACCCCGGCGCGACGUCGUUCCCGCGCACGGCGCCAAUACCGUCCGCAGUUUUACGCACCGAGAAUCUGAUGCGGACGCAGAGUUCGAGGGGCAUCAUCGCUUCCGUCUUCACUUCGACGUGAAGAGCAUUCCCGAGUCCGAGCUGCUGCAGGCAGCCGAGCUGCGGCUGGCGCGCGACGCCAUCGAGACCGGCCGCGGCCGCCGGCGCUUGCGCGUGCUGGUGCACGAUGUGGUGCGCCGCGGCACCCGAGAUGUGCCCCUCACGCGCCUCGUCGACUCGCGCGUGGUCGGCACCGGCUCCAACGAAUCGCUGGCGCUCGACGUGCUGCCGGCGGUGCGCAGGUGGCGCGAGGAUCCGCGCCACAACCACGGCUUGCUGGUGGAGGUGCUGGCUGCGGACCAGUACUCAAAGCAGCAACCGGCGACACCGGUACCUCAUCACGUGCGGCUGCGACGUGCCGCCGAUGAGGACGACUCCCGGUGGCUGCAACGGCAGCCUGUACUGCUCGCUUACACCGACGACAAGCGCGGACCUCAGAGACGUUCCAAGCGCAACGGCGCGCCCCCCAGCCGCAAGUCGAAGCGGAAGGACCAGCGUUCGACAUGUCGCCGUCACCCGCUCUACGUGGAUUUCCGCGAAGUCGGUUGGGACGACUGGAUUGUAGCACCGCCAGGCUACGAAGCGUGGUAUUGUCACGGUGACUGUCCGUUCCCACUGUCAGCUCACAUGAACUCUACGAACCACGCCGUCGUACAGACUUUGAUGAAUUCGAUGAACCCUGGCCUCGUGCCGAAAGCGUGCUGUGUACCGACGCAGCUCACGUCCAUCUCUAUGCUUUAUUUAGAUGAAGAGUCCAAAGUGGUGCUUAAGAACUACCACGAGAUGGCAGUGGUUGGGUGUGGUUGUCGGUAGGACGUGCGUAUCUCUGUUUUAAUCUCUGGACCGUGGUGCAUUUCAUUCCCCACAUUCGCAGGCUGUGCCAUUUUGUAAUGUUAGAUGUAGUUUGACUGUCAGUUGUGCCUCGACAAACUCGCUGUGUUAUGACGAAAGAAUAUUCAAACGAUACUGCCUAGACAGUGAACAGAUGAACUGAUCCCGAAAUCGUCCGAGAAAUGACAAUACUGACAAAUGCAGUGAGGUACCUGUUGUGCUGCAAAGCAUUUGACUGAUUAGUACGCUAGAACAUUGCGUUGAAUAAAUACAGCACUAGGGAGGCAAUAUAAUCAUUUUUCAGUUAGUCUGGUGUGUGUUUCACAGGGUAAAAGCGACAUUAAACUGAUAUUAUGAAUGAACAAAUAGUGCCUUCUAACUUCACUCAUAGACUACAUGUGCAAUAAAAGUACACAAUAUAUAUAUAUAUAUAAAUAUUAAAUCAUGUGUCAGUACCUGACAAAGUCUGGGGUAAUUUAUUAUUUAAUACAAAACUGUACUAUAAACUUUUAUUUUGUAGGGUCUUACCACUACUGCAUUCAGUCAGGAAAUGAAUCACAAAUGCUCAAAAAAAUUAUUUGUAUUCUUGACAUUUCUGUACAGUCAACCUUUUAAAAGCAUGAAGCAUGUAUUACCUCUUGCUGUGUUGGUCAUAAACAAAUUUACAAUUAAAAUAUCAAUUGCCAUUUCUUCAAAAUUCCAAUGUUACUGAUGUUGAUAAAUUAUUUUUUUUCACCAUCUUUCAUUACUUUUGUGUCUGACAGACUUAAAGAAACCGCAGUUAAAUUAUAGUGUUCUCCUUUCUCAUACACCUACCCCUCCAAAAAGGUCUCUUGUAGCAACCUGGAACUGUAGAUAAUGUCAGCAGCAGCUCUGUACAUUGCUAUAAGUUAUCACAUCAUGUAGCAAAACCUUUAUAGACAUUUGCUAAUCUACUUCAACACUCUGCUUGUAAUAAGCAGACUCAAAUUUGCUGCUUUUAUUCUGUGAUUCUGUAUGGAAAAAAAGCCACCCCUGCAAUUAAAAGAUCGUUGUCCUAAUACAUUGCUCCUUAACAUUGGCACCCUUUUGUACUCAAAUACAAUAAUCUCAAAUGAGACUGGAGUAUUACAUGAAGCACAAUUUCAGUUUUUGUAAUUUCUGAACUGAAGAACAUUAAUCCUUCUGUAACUCUUCUUUUUUUUUUAUUACUGUGAUUCAAUACAACAUUACAGUUGUUGCUUGCAAUUUUGCUUGAAAAGUCUUCUACCUUUCCCAACUUCCAGCUCUGAAUUCCUUUCUGCCAGAGAUCCUUCCAACUCCCUCUUCACACUCUGUUUGUGCAUCCUCUUCUUUUAUUAGAUGGAAUAUUCCAUAAUCUCCUUAGGCCAUCUGUUAUCACCCAAAUGGCAUGCACAAGCAUGUACACACACACACACACACACACACACACACACACACACACACACACACACACACACACACACAUAUGCUAGUAAUUGUUUUACUUCAGCUGUAUCCACUGUAAUGGUGCCAGCUUCAUAUCCUUACAGAAGUCUAUUUUUAAUUAUAUCCUAUAGUGUUAACCUGCAGCAACACCUCCAAAAUCUUAUUUCCAUUGACAGUAAGUUCCUUGUAAUUCUAAGUAAAUAAAUUCCAUUCAGAUUUGUUCUAUUCUACAUGUUACUCUUGUGCUAUUAUGCUAUUCAAAAGAUUUCCAAAUCUAAAUGGCUACUUUGGUAUCUCAAGCAGUCUGAUUUUUGUUAUAAGAGUUAUCAAAAUAGCAAUAACCUAUGUUUUUUACUAUACUAGAUAAAAAUCCAUUUGCAUUUGUGAUACCACUGAUAAUUCCUUAUUUAUUACAAAUAUAUCCCAUACCAACAUUCUUGUAAUGUUUUAAUAAUGCUGGUCUUUACUCAAGAUAAAAUCUACAUUUUAAAUAAUUACAAGUAAUUUAAGUAACAUUUAUGGUCAAAAUGCCGCUUCUCAGAUUGUAACAUUUUUUCAUGAAUAAACCUACCCACUUAUCCUAGAAAUGCAAUGUUGUAACAGACGCUGGGAAAUUUGCACUUGUAUGAAGUGCAGAAAGUAUCAAACAUGUAUAAACAGCAUAAUUAAAUUCUUUGUUUCUGAGCAUAGCCCAGAGGAUGUUCUAAAAUACACCUAAUUAUAUUGAGCACUGUAAUAGGAACCUGUACCUGGAUAAGGAAAUCAUAUUUAUUUUCAAUGUGUAUAUUGUACAACAAAAAUUUUUAUACCAAUGCAUGUAACUGAAAAAGUUAUAUCAUUUGUAAGUAUUAAAAUUAUGGAUAUAAAAGUGUGAA